AUGUUUAAAUGCAGCGAGUGCUGUUGUAAAGCCCCCAAGAGCUCCACCAUUAGGAUCCACGAACGCAUUGUGCUCCACAAAGAGCAAACUUACUCUUGUCAAGAGUGUGAUUACAUCACCAAAACCCCGGCUGACCUCAAGGCUCACCAAAUGACCAUCCACGAGAGUAUCAAUCCUUUCAAGUGCCCGGAUUGUUCUUACACGUCACUGAAAAUCUCGCAGAUCAAGAAGCAUCGUGACAACGUCCAUUUCAGGAAAAAGCCUUUCAAGUGCGACAAGUGCCCCUACUCAGCGCCCACCAACUCUCACCUCAUGUCCCAUGAUCGCUCUGUGCACAUGGGCAUCAAGCUGUUCAAGUGCCAUGAAUGCAGCUAUGCCGCCUCCCUCCAGUCGGGACUCGAGCGCCACAUAAACGCCGUGCACUUGCGACUCAAGCCAUUCAAGUGUCCUGACUGCAAUUUCUCUACCUCAACUCCAUCAUACGUUGAAAAGCAUCGCAAUACCGUUCACUUGGGACUCAAACCCUUCCACUGCAACGCAUGUUCUGUGCGCUGUGCCACGCAGAUUGAUCUUGAAAGACACAUCAACUCGGUGCAUCUCAAACUUAAACCUCAUAAAUGCCCGCGAUGUUCGUUUGCUUCUGCCAAGAAGUCCUACCUCUCCAAGCACAUCAAAGCCAUCCACUUGGGGCUGGAGCCGUACAAAUGUUCCUCCUGCACCUUCACCUCACUCACACAGUCUGCGCUGACCAAACAUCGCAGCAUCGAGCACAACUAGACCGUGCCCAACUACCUCCUCUAGACAACCAGACCGUGCCCCACUACCUCUAGACAACCAGACCGUGCCCUGCUCCCUCCUCUAGACAACCAGACCAUGCCCCAUUACCUCUAGACAACCAGACCGUGCCCCUCUACCUCUAGACAACCAGACCGUGCCCCUCUACCUCUAGACAACCAGACCGUGCCCCGCUACCUCCUCUAGAGUCUAGACAACCAGACCGUGCCCCACUACCUCUAGACAACCAGACCGUGCCCCGUUACCUCCUCUAGACAACCAGACCGUGCCCCGCUACAUCCUCUAGACAACCAGACCCUGACGCUGCAUUUUCUUAUUAUUAAUUUUAUUCCUGACGCAUUAAAUGAAGCUGUAAUUAAACUGAUGAGAUUUUGUGGAUGAUUUAAAGCCAUAAAUGACAUUUCCAUUGUAAUUAAUAUUCAUAUGAUAUUUUCUGUAUUUAAUUUAG